GAUUUGUAGAGUGUAAGAUUAGGACUCUACGUCGUCAUAAAUCUCUGCGUCUCAAUCCAGCCGUGAGGUGGCGGGUGGGCAGUCGCUUGCUGUUGUCUGUGACUUAAAAAGUGGACAUUCAGCAUUGUUCUUUUCAACGUCGUUGAUUUGUCUCUGAGUUGGCGUUUUUCCAGACCAGGACUUUCUAAAUAUAUAUUUUUUUACGUUUUUUUUGGAGAGUAGAUUUUUUUUUUUUUUAAGAGUUCUUAUCAGUUAGAAAUUUAUUUGGAUACCUUUCUGUGGUGAUGAAUUAUUGCAUACCGGACAUGUACGAGAUGUCUCACGCUGUGGUUGGAGAGUACACCAUUCAGGCUGGUGGAGAACCCUGUCUGUAUCAAAGUGAGGGACUCGGGUACGGGCACUGUGAACCGCAACCCUUGCACCAUCCGCCCUGUAUGGAGCAGUCUUGGCUGUCCAGCCAGCACUACACUUGUUUGUACGGUGGUGCCCCUUCUGCUUUCAAGGGUGACUUCUGCAGCAUGGAGGUACCGCUUAAUAAUUUCCAUCUUCACCCUGAAUAUUUUCCGGACAUCAAAUCAGACCUCUCACACCUGCAAUGGAUGCAAGGGUCACACAAGAAAGGGUACAUACCAAGUUACCUGGACAAAGACGAGCUAUGUGUCGUGUGUGGGGACAAAGCUACAGGCUAUCAUUAUCGCUGUAUAACCUGCGAAGGCUGUAAGGGAUUCUUUAGGCGGACAAUUCAGAAAAACCUCAACCCAACCUACGCUUGUAAGUACGAGGGGAAAUGUGCCAUCGACAAAGUGACCAGAAACCAGUGCCAGGAGUGUCGCUUCAAGAAGUGUAUUUCGGUUGGAAUGGCUACAGACUUGGUGUUGGAUGAAGGCAAGAGGCUUGCCAAGCGGAAGUUGAUUGAGGAGAAUCGCGAGCGCCGUCGCAAGGAAGAACUCCAGAAAACCGCUUGGGAUCGACUGGAUCCUACACAGGAAGAGUGGGACCUGAUCCACAUGGUUACCGAGGCCCAUAUGGCCACAAAUGCCCAGGGAAACCACUGGAAGCAGAAGCGGAAAUUCUUGGUCGAGGAAACAAUGCUUCUUAAUGAAAUAACAUGUAAUUUAUUCUAUACUUCUGACCAGAGUGCAGCAGGGGUGAAGGAAACUAAGCCUACCAAUAUUGGUCAUUCAUCGACGGUGAAUAGCUCUGAAGGAAAUAAAGUGGACUUAGAGGCAUUCAGCCAGUUUACAAAAAUUAUCACCCCUGCCAUUACCCGAGUGGUGGACUUUGCCAAAAAACUACCUAUGUUUUGUGAGCUGCCAUGUGAAGACCAGAUCAUCCUGCUGAAAGGCUGCUGCAUGGAGAUCAUGUCACUGCGAGCUGCUGUACGCUACGAUCCAGAGAGUGAGACCCUCACGCUGAACGGAGAGAUGGCAGUCACGCGUGGUCAGCUUAAGAACGGAGGCCUGGGCGUUGUGUCGGAUGCAAUUUUCGACCUUGGUGUGUCCUUGUCCUCUUUUAACUUGGAUGAUUCUGAGGUGGCUCUUCUACAGGCAGUCAUCCUGCUUUCAUCUGAUCGACCAGGCUUGAGUAGCGUGGAGCAAAUUGAGCGCUGCCAAGAGGAGUUCCUGCUGGCGUUUGAACAUUACAUCAACUACCGCAAACACAAGGUAGCUCACUUCUGGCCCAAGCUGCUCAUGAAGGUGACGGACCUGCGAAUGAUCGGCGCCUGCCAUGCCAGCCGAUUCCUUCACAUGAAAGUCGAGUGUCCGACUGAGUUAUUCCCCCCUCUCUUUCUGGAGGUCUUUGAGGACUGACGAGUGGAUUCGAAUGACAUUUUCGCGUGUGCAUGUACUGUAUGUGUGUGCCUCUGUCACCACGUGGACACCCUUGUGUUAAGAGGUCUUUCAAAUGCGGGUCUUUCACACGACCUUCUGAUAAGCACGACUGAAUGUCACUGCAUUCCGUAGCUUAUGAGUAUUCUGUGGUCUCACGUCUUUCAGUUUUACUUUGUUGUUAUCGUGGUCUCACCUUGAAAUCUCUUAUCUUAUCGAUUGGUCUAAAUGCAUUGCUGAUUGUACAGUACAGGAAAAAUAGUAAUACAGUGAUACCUUGGUUUUUGUACACCCCCGGUUUUCGACGAAAAGUAUUGCCAAAAUAGCUUUAAGAGGUUAAAUGUCUGCUUAAAUGAAGCCGUUGUCAUGCUAAUCUUAACCUUGAACGAAGUUAAAGUUUUCCCCAAAAUGAGUACACCCUCACAUUUCAGCAACCAUUUCUUUCCAUCUUUCUCAUACAAAGUCAACUUGGAUAUACUUUAGACUGUGAGGCUACCACCACCAAGGGAGCGGAUCUUCAGAAUGUCAGCGUACAUGCUGGAAUUCAUCUGUCCAGAAAAAUAUACUGCAGCUCCCCGAUGCCAGCAGCACUCGUGCAGCCGCAGACCAUGACAGUACCAAGGGAGCGGCUCGUUAGAAUAUCACAUUACAUGUUGGAAUUCAUCUUUAUUGAAAAAUGGACCACAGCUCCCCGGUGCAGGCAGAACUCGUGCAGCCGCAGACCAUCACCCUACCACCACCUAUGGAGCAGCUCUUCAGAAUGUCACAUUCAUCUUUCUCGAAAAUAAACCGUAGAUCCCUGAUGCCGGCUGCACGAGUGCAGCAGAUGCACAUGUUGGAAUUCAUCUUGACCAAAAAUGAACCGCAGCUCCCCGGUGCCAGCAGCACGUGCAGCAGCAGACCCUGACACUACUGCCACCAAGGGAGUGGCUCUUUAGAAUUUCAUGGUACAUGUUGGAAUUCAUCUUUCCCGAAAAUGAACCAUAGUUUCCCAGUGUUGGCAGCACUUGUGCAUCCGCAGACUGUGACGCUACUACCACCAAGCCAGCAGCUCUUCAGAAUGUUGGAAUUCAUCUUGCCCAAAAAUUAACCGCAGCUCCCCGGUGCCAGCAGCACUCGUGCAGCAGCAAAUCCUGACACUACCACCACGAAGGGAGUGGCUCUUUAGAAUGUCACGGUACAUGUUGGAAUUCAUAUUUUCCGAAAAUGAACCGUAGUUUCCCAGUGUUGGCAGCACUUGUGCAGCUGCAGACUGCGACGCUACUACCACCAAGGCAGCAGCUCUUCAGAAUGUCACAGGGCAUGUUGGAAUUCAUCUGGCCCAAAAAUGAACCGCAGCUCCCCGGUGCCAGCCAGCACUUAUGCAGCGGCAGCCAGUGACGCUACCACCACCAAGGGAGCAGCUCUUCAACAUGUCACAGGACAUGUUGGAAUUAAUCUUUUUCGAAAAUGACCCUCCAGCUUCUCAGUGCAAUCGUGGGGGGGGGAACAAAAAGGCGUAAUGUAAUGAGAAAUAUCUGAAACGUUGAUGCUGUUAACGAAUUAUACCAAGUUUUGUCUUUAAAUUAGGUUUAAAUCUACAGUAUGUCACAAAAGUGAGUGGCUAAACUGCUGGCGUGAAUGGGGAGCAGAUGGGAUCGAUUUGGGGUUAUCGCUCUCACCCUAUCUCAUACUGCUCACUGGAAGUUCAACAUGGCACCUCAUGGCAAAGAACUUUAUGAGGAUGUGAAAAAUAUAAUUAUUGUUCUACAUCAGCGGUGUCCAGAGUGCGGCCAUCAGGGCCAUUUGCGGCUCACAGCUGGUUUGUUUUUUAUUGGAAAAUGGAAAAAUCUGCAGUAUUUUUACACUAAUAAAGUCAAAAUAUGCAGAGAAAAAAAAAAUCAAUCAAACGACAAAAAGUUUUAAUUUUACAAGAAUAACGUAAUAUGAGAAAAAAAAAUUAAAAAUUGUUUUAGGUAGCAUGAAGGUGAAAUAUUAAAAAAUGCAUAUUCGGAAUAUGAGAAACAAAACAACGAAUAAAGUUGUCAUUAUUGGAAAAUUAGGUGGUGAAAAUAAUCAUGUUAAAAGAAUAAAGUCAAAAUAUGGGAAUAAAGUGGUAAUUACAAGAAGAACAUUUGAGUUGAAAUAUUAAAGAAAAGUUUUUUUUAUUAAAUAUGAGGAAAAAUGUUGUCAUUUUCCGAGCGUAGAUUUGAAAUAUUAAAGAAAGAUUGGGUUUUUUAAGUCGUAAUAUGAGAAUCAAAACCGCAAAUGAAGUUGUAAUUUAUAUUGAGGUAAAAGUUAUGUUACGAGAAUAAAGUCUAAAUAUUAGGGGAAUAAAGUCCUAAUUACGGGAAGAGAAGUUACAAGAAGAAGGUUCAUUAUAUAUAAUAGUUUAAAAAAAAUAAACAGUAGAAAUUGAAAAAACAGCUCUAAUUUUACGAGAAAAAAGUUAUUCUAACAAGAAAAGUCUACAUUUUACAAGGAUAAACUUUUUUUUUUAAUUUUAGUAGCAUAGAACUGACAUAUUAAAGAAAAAGUUUUUUAAAAUUCAUAAUAUGAGAAACAACACAAACUAAAGUUGUUAUUUUUGGAAAAUUAAGUUGAGGAAAAAGUUAUAGUAUGGGAACAAAGUAAAAAAUUAUGGGAAUAAAAUCAUAAUAUUACAAAAGGAAAAUUUAACAAGAUAGUUUAAGAAGAAAGUUUAAAUAUUUGGAAAAUAAAAAACAGAAAAAAUGGGGACGGGGGUAGCAAAAUCCGAAGUUGAUACUAAUAAUUCACCGAUAUGACAAAGCUGAGACGCAGCUUUUUCUUGAAAUAUAUCUAACGUCUUAGCAUAUCUACAUGUGUUGCUUUACAAAAUAUCAAAGUGGCAAAGUUGCAUCCUUUCAUUUUUCACUAUGUGGCCCUCACUGGAAAAAGUUUGGACACCUCUGCUGUAGAGUAUGAAAAGAUUAGAGUUGAUAAAAUGUACACUGUUAUCCACUGACUACUUUUGUGACAUACUGUGUGUGUGUGUGUAUAUAGUAUAGACGUCCGUCAUUUCUGGUGUAUAAGCCACACCCACUAAAUUCAGAGACAAAAACAGAUUUGUACAUAUAUAAGCUGCACCAGACUAUAAGACGCCAUAACAAGCUUGUCAACCCAUUGGAAAUUGCAGGAGGUCAUUACUCAAUAUGACAGUCUGACUCAUGGUGUCAUCUUAAAAAGAAUGCUAAACUCAUCACACAGCAACUUAACACUCAAAAGGUAGCUAAGAAAUAUACAAACAAGUACCAAUACGAGUUUACAAUAAAUAACUGCAUUUUUAUUUUCUUCCCAUAAUGCAUUUCGUCCCAGCAAAGCAUUUCAUUCAUGCCUCUGUCCACAAGAGGGAGCCUCCGGCUCCUUUGGCUCAAUGGCAGUCAAUGAAGUUAUUAAUAAUUCUUAGUAAAUACAGAUGGCUUAAAAGGCCACUUUGCUAUUUAGGUUCAGUAUGUUGCACAAGGAGACACCCAACAUUCCAUAACAUCUCUAAUAUCACAAAAUCUUUACUAUUUACAAAGUAAAUAACUUCUAAAUGCUAAAACAUAACAAUCUUUUUUGCUCUCUUUUUGUCCGAGCGCUUAAAAGUACUUUUUUUUUUUUUAACUAACUUGACCAAAGCAAUACACAAAUUUUAACAACAUCAAAUGUUAAUUACAUAAUAUCAAUACUUUUUCCUUAUGAAAUACAAAAUGGUAAAUGGAAAACAGACUUUGCCUUCAAGGCAGCAUUCCAAAUAUGUCAGAUUAGACAUCAAGUAUUCCACAAAACAAGUAUUCCAAAGAAAAUUGUAUUGUUGCAUCGCUGGGAGUGACGCUGGCUUCCCAGCAUGCCUUGCGGCACUUGUUUUGUAAAACGUAACUGGGAGUUCCUGUUACAUGUUUAGAGUACAUGUAGAUGUUUAUUAUUCUAUAUCUACCUGUCAUUUUUAUGUUGGCACCAUGUCUGUAGUCCGCCCCCAUAAAUUCAUUUUUGCCAAAAUGAAGCUGUUACAAGCAUAAAAAUUGCUAAAUGAAGUAUAAAAGCAUUCAGACGACACAUUCAAAGACGCUGGGAAUGAUAUGUAGUAUUCUACACUGGCCACAAGGUGUUAGUGAAAUGUUGGGUGAGAUACACAAGCACCAGACUUGAUCGGCGGAACAACAGGCUUUUAUUGCAGGUUAGAAUGAUCGCACAACACGGGUACUGUUGCAGCCGUAGCCAAGCUAAAACUAAAUUCUGAACCACAGACAUCACUUCCUGUCAACCCUCCACUCAGUUCCCCCAGCACUAGAACACAUUUACAGCAACACACGCAAACACAAAAUGUAUGUCUUAAAUGGCUUACUAGGGCACACGCACCAACUUACGAACUGCUAUGUUUUUUAUUGUCCAUCCAUCUUCCGCUUAUCCGAGGUCGGGUCGCGGGGGCAGCAGCCUAAGCGGGGAAGCCCAGACUUACCUCUCCCCAGCUACUUCGUCCAGCUUCUCCCGGCAGAUCCCAAAGCGUUCCCAGGCCAGUUGAGAGACAGUCUCUCCAACGUGUCCUGGGUCUUCCCCGAGGCCUCAUACCGGUGGAAGUGCCCUGAACUCCCCUGGGAGGCGUCCGGGGGGCUACCUAACCAGAUGCCCAAGCCACCUAAUCUGGCUUCUCUCAAUGCGAGGAGUAGCGGUUCUACUCUGAGCGUCUCCCGGAUGACAGUGCUUCUCACCUUAUUUCUAAGAGAGAGCCCAGCCACCCGACGGAGAAAACUCAUUUCAGGCGCUUGAACCUGCGAUCUUGUCCUUUCGGUCACUACCCAAAGCUCAUGGCCAUGGGUGAGGGUAGGAACGUAGAUCGUCCGGUAAAUUUCACCACAACAGACCGAUGCAGAGUCAGCAUCACUGCAGACGCCGCACUAACCCGCCUGUCAAUCUCGCAUUCCAUCCUUCCCUCUCUCAUGAACAAGACCCCGAGGUACUUAAACUCCUCCACUUGGGGCAGGAUCUCAUCCCCGACCCGGAGAUGGCACUCCGAGCGAGAACCAUGGACUCGGACUUGGAGGUGCUGAUUCUCAUCCAAGCCGCUUCACACUCGGCUCUCUGACACCGGUCAUCCAGGGAACGAACCGCCUGAAUUAGGUGGUUCGGUACCCCAUAUUCCCGGAGUACUCCCCACAGAAUUCCUCGAGGAACACGGUCGAAUGCCUUCUCCAAGUCCACAAAACACAUGUGGACUGGUUGGGCAAACUCCCAUGCACCCUCAAGGCCCCUGCCGAGACUGCAUAGCUGGUCCACAGUUCCACGACCAGGACGGAAAAAAACACUGCUCCUCCUGAAUCUGAGAUUCAACUAUCCGGAGGAUCCUCCUCUCCAGAACCCUAAAAAGACCUUACCAGGAAGGCUGAGAAGUGUGAUCCCGAUAGUUGAAACACAUCCUCCGGUUCCCGUUCUUAAAAAGGGGGACCACCACCCCGGUCUGCCAAUCCAGAGGCACUGACCUCCGAUGUCCAUGCGACGCUGCAGAGUCGUGUCAACCAAGACACGCCCACAGCAACCAGAGCCUUAAGGAACUCCGGACGGAUCUCACCCACCCCCGGGGCCCUGCCACCGAGGAGUUUUUAACCACCUUGGCAACCUCAGCGCCAGAGAUAGGAGAGCCCACGGCAGAGUCCCCAGGCACCGCUUCCUCAUUGGAAGACGUGUCGGUAGGAUUGAGGAGGUCUUCAAAGUAUUCCUUCCACCGGUCCACAACAUCUCGAGUCAAGGUCAGCAGCACACCAUCCCUACCAUACACUGCUUCCCCCUCUUGUGACCUCGGAUCCAGAAUCUCUACAGAGCCGUCCGGAAGUCGUUCUCCAUGGCUUCUCCGAACUCCUCCCAUCCCAGUUUUUGCCUCGGGGGAGGCAUGGCAAGAAACUUUGAUGAUCAUUCUGACAAUUCACCGCUCCAGUGGAAACGUUAAUAACAUAACUCAGCUCCACAAGGUCAGAUCUUCCUCAUAAUUGGUACCAUGAAGCUAUACAGCGGUCACUUCCUGAAUUCACCAUGGGAUGUGCACCCCCUGUGACUCGUGUGAACCUUACAUUCUCAUAUUAUGUCUACUAUAUUGGGUAAUAGGCAUGUAAAGGUGACUGUAGGGGUGUUAUUUCUUGUCUAGAGGACUUUAGAAGGUGGGGAACAGGUUUUAAUGCUCUAACUACCAAAAUAUUCCUUUGAUAAAUAAGGAAUCCUACUUGGUGGAAAUUCACUUAACGCGGUCGUGUCUGGAAGUGUUGAGAGGUGAAAUUUGUUUUCUGCUGAAAGUUUUGUGACAGAGUUGCUGAUAUUUGAUUUGAAUUAGACGUUUGACCAAUGCCCUCGGUGUUCGCUGUGGUAGGAUGUGCCACCAAGUCAAUUCUACAUUAGCCUCUCGGACAUUUCCUUUUUCCACAUCAGUACGCAAUUGUUUAGAAAUCGUCUAUCUUGUUGUUUUCUUUUUUUUU